UAGGAUGGCAGACAAGCUUCCUACAGAGUUUGAUGUAGUUAUAAUAGGGACAGGUUUGCCUGAGUCCAUCCUGGCAGCUGCAUGUUCGAGAAGUGGACAGCGAGUCCUCCAUGUUGACUCAAGAAGUUACUAUGGAGGGAAUUGGGCAAGUUUCAGCUUUACAGGUUUGCUCUCCUGGCUGAAGGACUAUCAACAGAACCAUGACAGUGAGGAAGACACGACCACCUCAUGGCAAGACCUGAUUCAUGAAACAGAAGUUGCCAUCGCUCUUUGCAAGAAAGAUGAGACUAUUCAGCACACAGAAGUUUUCUGUUACGCCAGUCAAGAUGUUGGGGACAGCACUCAAGAGACCGAUGCUCUGCAGAGAAGUCCUUCCCCAAAGGCAUCUGCUACCCUGGCUGACUCUCUGGAUUCUUCAGGUUUGCCUAAAGAAGGGUACACAGCAGACUUUUCAAGCCAUGAAGCACCUUCUAGACAUACAGAGAGAAGUGAUACAGAGCCUGCACCAUCCUUAGCUGACACCGAGAACUCACUAGAGAAAGAAAAGGAUGGUGGAGAUGAAACUUGCAUCCAGACAGUUUCAGAUGGAGAUAAAGAUGAAGACAAACUUGAUAUAGAAGACAGCACCGAACAACCAAAGAGAAAUAGGAUUACUUACCCUCAAAUGAUUAAGGAGAGCCGGAGAUUUAAUAUUGACUUGGUAUCGAAGCUGUUGUAUUCUCAAGGAUCAUUGAUUGAUCUUCUCAUCAAAUCAAAUGUUAGUCGUUAUGCAGAAUUUAAGAAUGUCACUAGGAUCCUUGCAUUUCGGGAAGGGAAGGUAGAACAGGUGCCUUGCUCCAGAGCAGAUGUCUUUAAUAGUAAAGAGCUCACUAUGGUUGAAAAGAGAAUGUUAAUGAAAUUUCUCACAUUCUGUUUAGACUAUGAGCAGCAUUCUGAUGAAUACCAAGAUUUCAAGCAAUGUUCAUUUUCUGAGUACCUAAAAACUAAAAAGUUAACACCCAACCUCCAACAUUUCAUACUACACUCAAUUGCAAUGACAUCAGAGUCAUCCUGCACUACAUUAGAUGGCCUUAAAGCAACAAAAACCUUCCUUCAGUGUCUUGGAAGGUUUGGCAACACUCCCUUUAUAUUUCCUUUAUAUGGGCAAGGGGAAAUUCCCCAGUGUUUCUGCAGGAUGUGCGCAGUGUUUGGUGGGAUCUAUUGUCUUCGCCAUAAAGUCCAAUGCCUUGUAGUUGAUAAAGACUCUGGAAGAUGUAAAGGGAUCAUUGACCACUUGGGUCAGAGAAUAAGUGCCAGCUAUUUUAUUGUGGAGGACAGUUACCUUUCUAAGGAGACAUGUUCAGAUGUGCAGUAUAAGCAGAUCUCGAGGGCUGUGCUGAUCACAGAUCAGUCCAUCCUAAAGACAGAUUCAGACCAUCAGAUUUCCAUUCUGGUAGUGCCUCCGCUAAAGCCAGGAAGCGGCUCUGUUCGGGUCAUGGAGUUAUGCUCAUCAACUAUGACGUGCAUGAAGGACAGCUAUCUUGUCCACCUGACCUGUGUUUCUUCAAAAACAGCCCGAGAAGACUUGGAACCAGUGGUGAAGCAGUUAUUCAUUCCUUUGGCAGAAGCAGAAACAGACGAGGAAGAACUCAGAAAACCAAGACUCUUGUGGGCCCUUUAUUUUAAUAUGAGAGAUUCCUCAGGAGUGAGCCGAAGCUCGUACUGUGGCUUACCUUCCAAUGUGUACAUCUGCUCUGGGCCUGACUGUGGACUGGGCAAUGAGCAUGCCGUCAAGCAAGCAGAAACACUGUUCCAGGAGAUCUUUCCCAGCGAAGAGUUCUGCCCUCCUCCACCAAAUCCAGAAGACAUUAUCUUUGAAGGUGAGGGUUAGCAACCAGACAUCCUUGAGUCAGUAACACACUUACCACCCAGCUAGACACCCCAAGGACACAGUAAGGACUUCUAAAGCCCAGAACACCUUAGAAAUUGAAACUGACUGAAAGUAUUUUCAUCCUGGCCUCAUAGUAUUGUCAUUGAAAGACAGUUGCCAUUUGUGACAAGAGCCAUUCACAUGUCUUCAACACCGAGACGCUGGGUACCUAACAGCUCUGCUAAUCUGUCAGCAUCUGGUUUGUGGUGGCUCACCUUUUCCAGAAAUAGCUUCAGGAAUCCAGAAUCUCUGAAUGUCAUUAGCUUUAUUUUGCUUUUGGGUCCCGCAUUAGCAACUUUGCUUGAGGUAGUAUCGCACUUGCUUCUGUGUUUAGGUUUUAUCAUUGUCUAUAUAAAAUUGAUGUCUGCAGACUGCUACUACUGUUGCUACCAUCUCGAGUGCAUAGAGGAACACAUAAAUCAUAAAUGGUGUGAGUUCUUUGUAUAUUAUGUAAACACAUAGAGCUGGUAGUAGGAGUAGCAGCUAAUACAAGUGCUAGUAUGAUAAAACACAACUGUUUAGAAGCUUGGCCAUGCAUGAGCCUGUAUCUUGGGUUGAUAUUUACAUGUGAUUUCACCUGCUUAACUUUUGUCACUGAGGAGGCAGUGAGACUACCCUCGCCUGCUACUUCACAAAAAGAGUGCCCCUUAGUCGUUGAAGAACCUCAUAUUUACAAGAUAUAUUGCAAUCUAGGUAUGGUUGCUUAUUUAUGUAGUGCUGUCAUUCAGGGCAGGAGGAUUGCUGUAAAAUCCAGGCCAGUCUGGGCUAGUGUUGAGACUCAUUUCAAAGCAAAACCAACCCCACUAUAUACCAAAGGAAGAAGCAUAUUAUAAAGAAAAUUAAAGGGACAAAUUCAUUCAGAAAAUUUCUAUAGAGUUGACAAUAACACUUAAAAGAACUAACAAUUAACUCAGGCUAACAUAAAUUAAUAAGUGACCCUAGAAAAAGGUAUUUUAGGAUAGGUGUUUAGAAAUUUUCAGAAAGGAGUUCCCAGGGAAGAAUUGUGGUGCAUCUUAACGUGGGAUUACAGAUGCCUGUAAAGUUACAAAUUUCCCUAUCCAGGCUUCUCAGGGUGAAGCCAGGAUACCUGGUUGGCCUUAUCCUUAAUAAACAUUGGUAACUGACAGAGUCCAUCACUUCUACUACACGUCUGUUACCCGGAGAAUGGGAAGCUUACGCUCUAGAACCAUCUGUGGCAUCCCAGCAGUGAAAGCCCUCUACUGUGAGAAGAGGCACAGUGUGUGAGCAGACUACAGUGUGGUCUGAGGAUACUCUAGGAUAUGCCCUUCAGUGAGAGAAGUGAGAUGACACAUUUAAAUGAAUGCCAGUGUGCUAAGGGUAGAAAGCCAUCCAUUGGUCUCAGUGUUUUUUAAUAUAAUAAUCCAUAGUAUUGUAUAGAUCUUAAGGAUUAAAUGUAGCAGAACAACUGAGAUAAUCUGAAAUGACCUAGAAGAAGCAAUUAAGAGAUUUAAAGUCACCAAUUUAAGAGAAUUAAAUUCAUAGUUUGUCAGACCACAGUCUUUUCAAAAGACAUUAAAAGAAGGCAUAAUUGUAAAAGAUAAACAGAAGUUACAAAAGACAGAGCUGAAUGUAAUAGAAAUAAGGGUUAGACUAGGUCAAAGCAGGGGUUUGUUGUUGUUUUUGUUUUCCAAACAUUAAGUGGAAGUGAAGUAAGGGAACAAAAAGUAUUUUAAAAAUAUAAGGGACAUUAUCUAAUUUUCUGAUAAGUUAGAAUGGAUUUCGUGGUAGUUUUCAGGUUUUUAAGGAGGAAAAGCAUAAAUGCUGCCUUUCACUAAUUACCUGUGACUCAGUUAGGGCUUCAUACUACAAGUCUGACCACAUCUCUCAUUCUGACAAGGUGAAAGCUGUAGAGUGAAAUGUUGGCCAAGGAGGUAACAGUCAUCAGAAACAGUGUCUCAGGCUGAGAAGGCUUGUGUCCAGUAAGAGCAGCCCUGCAUCAGCAUGAACAGAACAAGAGAUAAGAACCCAUAAUAUUAACUGCACUAACUAGAUGCUCCCAUUUGGUUUAAUUAUGUUUGCUAAUGAAUUCAUGGGCUUUUCAUAACACGAUAAGCAACUAAUUAAAACUUACUUGCAUUUAUAUUGGGAAAGCCAGUAUGCACCAUUUCUCAAGCAGAAUGAACAGCUUUGGUACUAUUUUUAUCUGUAUAUGGCUGAAAAAAGUUGUCACUGGAAUAAAAAUACAAAGUAAAGAUGUAAAAAGAAACCAGUGCAAAUACAUUGUAUUUCCAUGACUUUAUACCUCACUAAACCUAUAUUAUCAUAUAAAUAUGUUAUGAACAGAAGAUAAUUUCAUAAGCUGCAAGAUACAUUGUUUUUUUGAAAUAUCAUUUCUAAAUUCCAAUAGGGAUGGAAUUUUAAGAAGUAUUGAUAUUAAUAUAUAUGAACAUCUUUAAAAUGUUUGUAGCUGUAUUAGAGCGAUUUAAGAAAGAUACUUAAAUAUAAGGUUUAAUGAAGGAGCUAAAUUUAAAAUAUGAGUAUGCUACCAUGAGAGAUGUUUGCCUUAAAGGAAAUGCUAUAAACACAGGGAGACCACACAUCAUAUAUUAUUAGUUGUCUGAUCUGAAGGCAGUCACGUUAAGCUUCCAUUUACCAUCUAUGAAACAGAAAUAAUACUUAACAGAAUUAUUGUGAAGAUUAAGUUGGAUAAUGCUUAAGAAUCCGUAUCCAAAGUAAUGCCAGCAUGUGAUACUUAUAGCUGAUAUUUAUUAUAAUAUCAUUUGUGAUGUCAACCUUAUGCUUUAUGAAUUUGCCAGAAUUGUGAUAAAUUACACAGGAAAGUAAGCAAUGAAAGAUGUCUUCAGUUUUAGAGGGGAAAAAUACAGGACUUUGCCCUUCAACUCCUUAAGGUGUCAUAUACAACCUGUCUAAUUGUUCUGUGGUGCUGAGUUCAAGGAAGUUAAGACUUCUCAGCUACUGGGGGGGGAAAGUAUUUAGAAGUUGCUCAUAGGGAGACUGGAUCAGUAUGGAGAUAAAUUGUGGGCCAUUUUUACCCAAUAAUACACUUUAUUUGUUAAUUGAAAUGUUAAACAUGAAAGUAAUAAGAAUACAAUUUUUACCUCAGUAAUGAUGACAAGGAAUGUUCUGGCAGGUGAACAUUGACAAGGUAGAUAAAAUAAAGUAAAAAAAAAAAAUAGAACAAGGAGAGAAGGUAGAAUAAAGAAGCUGUUUCUAUUGCAUGGGUGUUUUUAUUAUUUUAUUUUAUUUUUUGAUUUUCCAUGACAGGGCUUCUCUGUAGCACCAGCUGUCCUGGAACUUGCUCUGUAGACCAGGCUAGCCUCGAAUUCCCAAGUGCUGGGAUUAAAGGCGUACACCACCACUGACAGCUUGUUUUUUUUUUUUUAAGAUUUUUUUAGUGGGUGCAAAUCCUGUAGGCUUUCUACUCUUCUUGAGCAGAGUAUAAAGUGAUAGGGUCAUUUUGAAGAACUAUUCAAGAGAUUAACCAGACCUCUAUAACUGAUAUUUUUGGCAUCACUUUGAGUGGCACAUGUCCAGGAAAAUACUCAGAAUGAACAAAUGAAUAAAUAAAGCUACUUCUAAAAAGAUGUUUCAGAAAUUCCAUUUGUAAGUUUUUUUUUUAACCUGCUGACUAACAAAUGAAUAAAAUUUGGUGUGUUGCUAGUGCUAUAGUAACCUUACAGAGAGUUAAAUGUCAUAUGUAAGAUUGUAUGUAAACAGUUUGACAAUCAAAAAGAUGUUAGUUUACAACCAAAAUUAUUGUGUAUUGGUUACAUUUGUAUAAAAAUUUAGAUCGCUACACUGGAAGAAAUCAGAAGGCAUGUAAUUGCAGGUUAAUACUUAAUAUCUUUAUUUCUGUAAAAUAUUGAUGUGUAUAAUAAAAAUAAAAGAUUAACUGGUGAAA